GGUGAGAAUCUCUUGCAUAGUUGGAGAUUAUGCCGUUUUCGGUGGAGAGGUGGCAGCACCGGCUCACCGUAUCACGCGCGCCACGUAGUGGGGGAAUCUAGAACUAUGAAUAGAAAUAACAUUCACAGUUUACCUGCUGGUACAGGAAUCGCGUAUUAUGUUUAGUUUAGAUUAUUUUGCCAAAUGGACAUAUUCUCAGUUAUAGAGCCAACCGUUUUUUGCGGUGUUAUUGAUAGGUGGAAAGCUCGAAGGUGGGACCCAACAGCAUUAGCGUCCAUGCUACGCGAAAAGCAUUUCAGAGUUCGUAUUGGGAUGAGAGAUCAUAGGCACCGAGGAACACAGUUUGAAACAGACUGCAUGUAUAUUCAAGCCACAGUACAAGAUGUUAUUGAGUGGAGUGAAGGGAAUGCUAGCACAAUCAAUCCCCUGUUUGGGUUCAAUAGCAAAGUCUACUGGGCCUAUAUUGAUUACAGGUACUUCACUGACGUUUUUGGAAAAACAUCAGAAGAAGUCGAGGCUGUGGACUGGUCUGUGUUUGGAUUUAAGGAAAGUCAUGGGAAAGACACGACCCUGUGGUUAGGAACCAAAGGUGCAUACACCCCCUGUCACUAUGACUCAUAUGGAUGCAACUUAGUUGCACAGCUCUACGGAAGAAAAUGUUGGACUUUGUUUCCUCCUGAUGACACGGAGAGGCUCAAGCCAAUCAGGAUUCCUUAUGAAGAGUCAAGUAUAUUUUGCAGUGAGAACUUUUCAACUGACUCCCAAAACUGUGCUUUGCUAAAGGAUGCUAGCCCUCAUAUUGUGACUCUUCACCCUGGAGAUGUGCUGCUUGUACCUAGACACUGGUGGCAUCUAGUGGAGAAUCUUGAAACUUCCAUAAGUGUAAAUUUCUGGGUAGAUAUGCCUCAGUUAGAUGAUCAUGAACGAAUAAAUGAAGCAAUAACUCGAGUGGUUAUGUCUUGUAUGAUGGAAAGCGAAGGCGCAGAAGCACACUGGCUUAAUCCAACUGAGGGUAUUCUACCACACAUGGUGAAUAUGGAGCUACUACAGCAGGCUGUGUUCAAGGUUCAGCAGAAACGUACGCGUGCGAACCAUCCCCACAAGCGUAAGCAUGGAAACUCCGAACAGACAGGUGACACCAAAUGUGCGAGACCUACCGAACAAGCUGUCAGAGACAGUCCAACAUCCGAUGUCAGUACUAAUAGUCUAGCUGAGCUGGCGGGUGAUCAAACUUGCUCCUGUCCACACAGCAAAGUCAAUCUCUGUGAUCCAACCUUCAUAGCUUGCAAGCCUGAUACAUGCCCAGAACAGAGUCACUGUAGCGCAUCCUCCUGCCACUUCACCCUGCCUGAAGGAGCCUCAGUUAAACGUGUCGCAAAAACCUCAAUGGAAACUUUUUUCAGUCGCAGUGCUAAACCUCAUCGUAAUGAAGAAAGUGCUGCCAAACGUCAAGUGUUGACGUCGGUACUAGCGGAAUCUGAAUUCCCUGCUAGUUCCAUGCAUAGAGAACAGGUGCCCAUUGUUGAGAACAAAGUUGACUUGAUAGAAGCGCAUCACCAAAGUGACAGACACCAUUCAGCUACAAUGCCUAACAUGUCAGGAGUCAGAGGUGCCGAUCUCAGUUCAGUACUCACGAGCUGUCUACUUCAUCCAACUAUCGUAAGUCAGGUUUCCAAAUUGUUGUUGGAAACAUACAAGUGAUAAGCUGUGCAUUAGCCUUAUAUACAUGCACAGUAAUCUCCUGCAGUACCCACACUAUCGCCUAUUCGACAUUCGCCUAUAAAAAUUUAAGCAAAAAAAUUAUGUAAAUUUCAGCCUGUACAUUCAGGAUAUGGCACGUAAACAUGCCCAAUUUUAAACACAAAUUGUAAUAUUCAAUCAAAUAACUCUCCAAGUUAUCACUUAUUUUGUGUGUAUUUAACUUGUGCACCUACCGCUAUGGUUUAUCCAAAAAAUAAUCAAUGUAUGUGUAAAAAAUGUAAAUUUUAUUCACAAGUCUGCUUCUAAUGCUUGUCUUGGCCCGGGCCGUAGGUACCUGAGCAAAUUCUUAGGAGGGGCCAAAAUUUUCAUGAAAUAAAUCACAUAGGCUAGGUUAGACUGAAGGGAUAAUUCUGUUUUUUCUAGUGUAAUUGUUUUUGUAAAUGCUCAUUUGGUUCUGUUAUUUAUUCCAUUAAUUUUCGGUUUACCUACAAUUAUUACAUGAGCUUUUAUGCUUUUAUGAUGCUCCCAAAUCUAGUGGGGCAGCUACCCCAGUGGCUAUGGCCCAGCUUGCCCUGAAAAAAUUCCUAUGGGAAUGCAUCUCGAAUUAUGUACUGGUUGGUAGGAAAGCAUGUUCGUAUUACACAACUUUAUGUCAUACCAAGAUUUUCACUGGCGAAUUACUGUACAAGAGAUGAAAUUUGUGAGUUUUUAGCUCAGCUGACGAAGUCAGAUGCAGCUUGUAGAAUCGCAUGAUUGUCUGUCCGUCCGUGCGUC